GGUCGAAAAAAUAAGGGAGAGAAGGCUAAUUUUUUCAUUUCUUUCAUUCGCAGCAAAUCGUGUCUAGGGUUUCUUUCUCUUCUGGAAAAGGCGACAGCUUCGUUCUCGCCAUCCUUGCCGCCGAAGCUCCAUUUUCCGGCAAUAUAAACACCAAAAUCGAAAGGAUCUUAGCUAGUUCCGUCCUAUUCCUUCCUUGUCUCCGUCGUUGUCUCCGUCGUUUCCGUUGUCCGGCUUUUGGCAAAUCGAAACCAAAUCUCGAUCGAAAUCAAAAUCAAAAUCGACUCGCCUUUGUCUCCUCCUCUCCUUUGUCGGGCAAAUCUCCGGUCAUACAGAGAAGGUGAGGUCAACAAGUGGAAACUACACCGGAUUCUUCAAGAAAUCUGCGUUUGCUCGAAAGAUAAAGGUUGAACGAAGAAAUGGACCGUGAUUAUGACUAUGGUAUAAACAGCCCAUUAGACUAUAGUACUGAGUCAUCAGAGGAGGCUGAGACUUGUCACUAUCCUCCGGAACCAGCUCCUGCGAUUGGAUUCACAAGCCUCCGGAACCAGGUCAACGUACCAGCUCCUGCGAUUGAUCCAGCUCAACUGAACCUGCUCAACGUACCAGCUCCUGCGAUUGAUCCAGCUCAACUGAAUCUGCUCAACGAACAGGUGAUCCAGCUCAACGACCAAAUGAUCCACCUCAAGGUACUUGUGAUCCAGCUGAAGGAUCAAGUGAUCCAGCUCCAACACCAAGUGAUACAGCUGACUGACCACGUGAACCAGCUCAAGUAAUGUCUCGGAUGUGUGGUUGUUGUUUGUUUUCGGAUGUGUGGAUGUUGUUUGUUUUCGGAUGUGUGUAUGUCUACCCGUGAAUGUUGUUGUGUGGAUGUUGUUUGUUUUCGGAUGUGUGUAUGUGAACCCGUGAAUGUUGAUGUGUGGAUGUUGUUUGGAUUUUUGUUUAGACUAGUUUGAUAGUAUGUGAACCCGUGAAUGUUGAUGUGUGUAUGUGAACCCGUGAUGUUUAGUAUCAUUUUGUUUCUUUGGAUUUUAGUUUCAUCACUUGUAUAUAUGAGAUGAGAAGAGCACAAUGUUUUUUCAUCAAAAACAAACAUUUGCUCCUUGCACCAAAAUAAACAUUUCUUCCUUGCUCCUUCCUCCUUGCUUCUCUCUACAACAACAAAUAAUUCUUUUUCUUCUUUAUUGCUAUGGCUUCUUCUUCCAACAAUUUUAACAAAUUUCACUAUCAUUAUGAUCCAAAUAAUGAUAGUAUGAACCAAUUUUUCCAAGAGCAAUAUAAUAAUCAAUUUGAAGCUGCUGAAGAGCAAAUUCCGGAGGAAAAGACUACACGUACGCAUAUCGAUAGACAACGGGAAGAAGGCCACGAACGUUUGUGGAACGAUUAUUUUAGUGAUAAUCCGACUUACACGACGAAGCAAUUUCGCCGACGGUUUCGCAUGAACAAGUCAUUGUUCUUGCGUAUUGUCAAUCGUCUCAGUGAAGAAGUUCCAUAUUUUAAACCAAAAAAGGAUGCAACUUUCCGGAAUGGUUUCUCACCGAUACAACAAUGUACUGCUGCAAUUCGAUUACUAGCAUAUGGGCUUGGGGCGGACUCGGUUGACGAAUAUCUACGUAUGUCUGAAUCGACUUCUCGUAAAUGUUUGGAACAUUUCGUCGUCGGAAUAGUUGACUUGUUUGGCGCUGAAUACCUACGCCGACCCACACAAGCAGAUCUUCAAAGGCUACUCUUUUACGGAGAACUGCGGGGUUUUCCCGGGAUGGUUGGGAGCAUCGACUGUAUGCAUUGGAAGUGGAAAAAUUGCCCAACCGCCUGGAAAGGAAUGUAUUCACGAGGCACCAGUAAACCAACAAUAGUUUUGGAGGCGGUAGCUUCACAAGAUCUCUGGAUAUGGCACGCAUUUUUUGGAGCUCCAGGUACUUGUAACGAUUUAAAUGUUCUUGAUCAAUCACCAGUAUUUAAUGACAUUAUUUACGGUCGAGCUCCCGAAGUUACGUACUAUGUCAACGGAAAUGAAUAUAAUUUGGCUUACUAUCUGACGGAUGGUAUUUACCCGGAAUGGGCGACAUUUGUUAAAUCCAUCCCACAACCACAACAUCCGAAACAUCGUUUGUUUGCAGAAAAACAAGAAGGUGCACGAAAAGAUGUUGAGCGUGCAUUUGGAGUCCUACAAUCUAGAUUCGCCAUGAUUAAAAAUCCAUCUCUUUUAUGGUCAAAGGGUAAGAUUGCAUAUAUUAUGAGAGCAUGUCUCAUACUCCAUAAUAUGAUUGUCGAAGAUGAACGAGAUUCAUACACACUCUAUGACGCACAUGAAUUCCAACAAGAAGAUGGAACCAGAAAUAUUCCGGAUCUUUCGUUUUCAGUUAAUAUGUCUACAAAUCUUGAGGGUUUAGGUGAUGGCCAUACAAUAGUUCGUGAUCGACAAGCACAUCAGAAAUUAAAGGAGGAUUUGAUAGAGCAUAUCUGGAAUAAAUUUGGUAAUAUGUAA